UUCUGUUCGGCGCAGUGCGAAACUGCAGAGGCCGCCAUGUCAAAUGGGAUGCAACAAAGCUUUCUUCUGUGUUAAAGCGGGAGAGUAGCGAUAAAAAAGGAAGCUGAAAUAUGGGUUCGGUCCGAGCAUUUGGAGUAAUCCUUCAAAAAUUCUCAUCAAAUUGGAUCACUCACAAAUGUCCCCAACUCUUCCAUCUCCACAGGAAUGGGUUGUGUUCAGCAUCAUCAAUGGCUGCCGAAGCAUCGGGUUUACCUUCGUGGGCUUUUGAAAGUAAGCUAAAAUGUUGUGGGAAUCAAGUGCGGAGGAUAUGGAUGUCUCCGGUCUGUAUGGGCAGGCGUUCCUGCAAAAUUGCUGGUAGAAAGGGCGCUCAAGAUGCAAAGAAGGCAAAACUUUAUUCCAGGAUUGGCAAGGAGGUUGUUUCUGCUGUUAAAAAGGGUGGAACGAGCCCCAUAUCUAAUACCCUUUUGGCUGCCAUACUUGAGAAAGCCAAGGAGCUUGAUGUUCCAAAAGAAAUCCUUGAUCGCAACAUUAAGAGGGCUUCCGAGAAAGGACAAGAGGCUUACAUUGAGAAAAUUUAUGAGGUAUAUGGUUAUGGUGGUGCUAGUAUGGUUGUUGAGGUCUCAACAGAUAAGAUAAACCGUUCAGUGGCAGCUGUUAGAGAGGUAGUGAAGGACUAUGGCGGAAAGAUGGCAGAUCCUGGAUCUGUUAUGUUCAAGUUUAGACGUGCUCGGGUUGUGAAUGUUAAGGCCUCUGAUGUUGACAAAGACCAGCUUCUCAUCAUAUCUUUAGAUGCUGGCGCAGAGGAUGUUAUUGAACCUCCAGAAUACGAAGAUGAUACAGAAGAAGAUAAGUUUGAAAGAUAUUACAAAAUUGUGACUUCCACAGAGAACUACUCCGGAAUACUAUCCAAGCUACGGGAAGAAAGUAUAAAUUUCGAACCUGACAGUGGUUCUGAGCUGCUUCCUAUAAGCACUAUUGAGGUGGAUGAUGAAGCUAUGGAUUUGAAUAAAGAACUAAUGGACAAGUUGCUUGAACUCGAGGAUGUCGAUGCUGUUUAUACUGACCAAAAGUGAAUAUUUGUUCCUCUAUAGUAUCCUGCCAACGUGGAGAGAGGUAAAAUCGCUCUCCCAUAUUUGUGCUAGCGACCUCAAUUUGCUCUAGUCAUCUCGAAAUCUGAUUGAUCUUGCUAAGACGAGAGGCAUUUGAAUUUUCAAGUUUGUAAGGCUAUGGACACUGUUUACUAUAUUUUGAGUCUGGGGUUUUCUUGUAUUAGCAAGAUUUCCCAAAUCAUUGUAGAAUAAUACUCCUAGAAGAGUGUGACAAUCAUUCAAUUUUGUCCUUUUAUAACUUUUUUUGGGGUGUGGAUGAAAAUUCUUCUAUUAGAAAGUAUAAUUGAAAGAUUACUUCUUGAUUC